CGAUUGUCGAGAUAAGGAGCUAACAGGGAAAAAUUAUCGGCGCAUCAGAGCUAAGAGACAAGAGUUUUCAUCCGAUUAAGCGUGAAAUUUUCACUGAAACCUCUGCGUCUUUUUCGAAAGACCUGCCUGAGAUUAUGCUGCAAAAUAGCCACGGCAUGAGUAUUCCUGCUUUAGUACCGCCAUGUUUUGAAGAACCUGGAUAUGGGAUCAAUACAAGUGUGUCUAGGCCACCGUUCUCCAUCUGCCAACCACACGUAACCGGUUCGAAUGGCAUUGCGCCAUCUGCCAGGGUUCUUCAAGAAGUUAUGUUUCCCAACGAGAUGAAUUACCCAAGUUACAUGCCUGAUAUACCAUCAAACCAAGGUCUAGCGCUUCCAUGGAUGUCCUCGUGGCAUCAGAGGCAAAAUCUGCAAUAUCUGGGACACCCUCAUCCAGGUAAAAUUAUCGUUUCAAUAUUUUUUACUACUGGAAUCAAACCUCACUCAGAUCUGUUUUGAGUUGAAUGACUACCUUUUACGAAAGACAUGUUGGUCUCAUUUGGCGCCCUUCAAGAACUUAUCGAUUUAUUUAAACUCGACAUGCUCUUUAAUUGUUGUCGUGAUUUUAUUUGUGUUAUUAGAACUUCUUAAGCUAUUUGCUUAGCCCUGGUUAUAGCGUGUUUGUUUACUGUUAGUACGCUCUCUGCAGGACGGAGUAAGGCAAACAAGAUGGUGUGAAUUAGGCGAUGGAAAUGGCACGCGCGCACAAACACGCACGUUUGUUGGGAUUAAAACAGCCGUUGCAGUAAAAGGUUCGGAAACUUCAACUGUCUCGUUAUUCUUCGACUACAAAAUUGCGAAUUAACUGUUUAACCCUCGGCGUUGAUGUUUAUGUUGUAUUACGGUACGCGAUAGCACUGAGCGACAGUGUAAACUUGCGUCAAAGAUGAGGGAAUGCAACAGCAUUCUGAUAGCAACAUCCCUUCUUGGCGAAGUGAUUGAUUGUCUCAUUAAGCUGGGACAUGCGCUAGAUUUGACGAGUUAUCAGAAAAGGAAAGGAAGUGAAAUCAUUUCUGAUCAGUUAGAAGAGCACCUCAAACCAAACGACAGCAAUCAAAUGUUGUUCUGCGAGACUACAGGUCCAUCGUCAUCUCAAAGGCAAGGAUCGGAAGCCGAUGCGAACUGAUUAGAUCAUGUCACUUUACUGAUCAAAGUUAUCUGACACGAAACCUUGGACUCAUCUAUAGUUCUAGAACCAUACGAAUGGCUCAGCCAGUUUUGUGUCUGUUAAGGUGGACAUUAUAGCCUCAGAGAGCACUUACAAACGGAAACAAAGCGCGCUAUGCCUCUAGCAUACUUCAGCCAAUUUAGUGCCUUAAGGACCUGAAGCGACCCUCCGUCAGUUUUAAUAUUUUCGUAUGAAAAGAAAUUCAACUGUUUAAAAUGUUGUGAAUCUGCACCUGUUCGCAGAGAUAAGUAAUGUUCUCUACCGAGAGACAAACGGUAAAAGAGAGAUUUUUUUCUGAAAAAGUUCAGUUGGUUGAUUUUAAAUAUCUCAAGUGUAGUUGUGUUUUGUCGCAUUCCACCCGCGGAAGCCCCAUUUAUUAGUUACAACAUUAAACAAUUCCUGACCGGAUAUAGAAAAUAAACAACUUGUUUCCUGCUUUGAGAUAAUGCAGCACUACGUCAAACCGAGCAAGCAAAAACCAUGCAAUAUUUUUCGACAGGAUACGCUGGUCAGACAGCUGAAAAAUUGCUUGUCACAAUCGACCAAAAUUCUCUUUCAGCUUCUCAACGCGCAUUUGCGGUGAUGUAGUCUUGAAAGUCAAUUUUACGGUCACUCAGUUCUUUAAAAGUUUCUACUAAAGGCAGAGAACAUUUUGGCUUCAAUAACCUAUUUUCUUUUGUUACUAGGAGACUAUUAUCCUUAUGGAUCGGAGUUUGGAGACUUAGAUGAUUCAGGAAUGUACCCUCCAAAGAAGAAACGAGCUCGCACAACCUUUUCAGCUGAACAGCUUAAAAGAUUGGAGAAACGUUUCCUCGGGAAUCACUACAUCGUCGGCGAAGAAAGACAAAAAAUAGCCAAAGAGCUCGACCUAUCCGAGGCCCAAGUGAAAGUUUGGUUUCAAAACCGGAGAAUAAAAUUUAAAAGGGACGAAGAGCUGGAAAAGCUUGGAAAGAGUAAGAAGCGAAAAGGAGAACAUCACAUUCGAAAAUGGCAGUUGACAACCCGCCACUUCGGACCUGAAACAAACGCGCUAUUCCAUGACAAUUAUGAUAAUACUUCUAAAAGGCGUAAUUAA